UUGCCGCAGGUCCUGGGACAACUGCGGAAGGUGCAGGGGGCUGGGGAAUGGAGAUCCCUUACAGGACGGAAACCUCUUGGAGUCGCGGCUCCGCUCCGAUGCUCCUCCUCCUCCUCCUGACGGCCCCAGUUUGUUGUAAGGAGGGAAGUCAGCCACAGGCGGAGGAGCUACUGCUGAAGACACUCUUCACCGGCUACAACAAGUUAUCCCGACCCGUGGCCAACUCUUCUGACACUGUCUUCGUCCACUUUGGACUGUCCAUUGCCCAACUGGUAGAUGUGGAUGAAAAGAAUCAAAUGAUGACGACCAACGUCUGGGUAAAGCAGGAAUGGAAUGACUUCAAGCUCCGCUGGGAUCCCUCAGAAUAUGAGAACGUGACUUCAAUCAGAGUUCCAUCAGAGCUUCUCUGGAGACCUGACAUCAUCCUUUACAACAAUGCCGACGGGGACUUUGCAGUCACUCGCCUGACCAAAGCCCACCUGUUCCACACCGGCAGGAUUCGGUGGGUCCCUCCGGCCAUCUACAAGAGCUCCUGCCACAUCGACGUGACCUUCUUCCCGUUCGACCAGCAGAACUGCACCAUGAAGUUUGGAUCGUGGACGUUUGACAAAGCCAAGAUUGAUCUAAUAAGCAUGCACAGGCAUGUGGACCAGAAGGACUACUGGGAAAGCGGAGAGUGGGCCAUCGUCAGUGCCAUCGGGAACUACAACAUCAAGAAGUAUGAAUGCUGUGCAGAAGUGUACUCAGAUAUUACCUACUCCUUCAUCAUCAGACGGCUCCCCCUCUUCUACACCAUCAACCUCAUCGUGCCCUGUUUGCUGAUAUCAUUUCUGACUGUGCUGGUCUUCUACCUGCCAUCAGACUGCGGUGAGAAGAUCACCCUCUGUAUCUCCGUCCUGCUCUCACUCACCGUCUUCCUGCUGCUCAUCACAGAGAUCAUCCCCUCCACCUCGCUCGUCAUCCCCCUCAUCGGGGAGUACCUCCUCUUCACCAUGAUCUUCGUCACGCUCUCUAUUAUCAUCACGGUGUUCGUACUGAACGUCCACCACCGCUCGCCCCGCACCCACACCAUGCCUGGCUGGGUGCGGAGGUCCUUCCUCGGUCUCAUCCCUCGCCUCCUGUUGAUGGAGAGGCCCCCGCUCGCGAGCCGCAGUUGCAGGGAACUGCUCAGACUCUCCUACGCGGCAGUGGGUCGCUCGGCUGAAGAUGGCCGGAGGCACCUUGACUGGGAAUCUGAUCGACCAUCCUUGGCCUCUGCACAGCUGCAGUGUGGGGUACUUUGCAAGCUGCCAGCUGUUCAGUGCACUGUGCCAAUGGGCGACCGAGCGAAGGUCAGCCACCAGCACUCAGCGCCCAUCAGCCACACUCCCUGCCAGGCAAGUGAGCAGUCUGAUGGGAGGCCAGUGGGUGACCCACUGACCAGCGCUGGACGCCAGUGUAUCACUGUCCAGUACAGUGACCUGCUUGAGGAUUGUCCCCAAGCUAAUGGCCACUCCAGGCCCAUAGCUGACUCUCCAAGCUAUGAGGGUGAAGACUACGCCCGGACCACCUCAUCCACAUCGAGGAGCAAGCGUGCCUGCAAAGAGAGGGGCAGAGCCUCGGGCGGGAAGCGACGUGCAGGUGGAGGGAGUUCCAGAAAGGACAGGAGUGUGAUGCUGGACCCUGCAAUAGAGAGAGCAGUGGAAGGUGUCCACUACAUCGCUGACCACCUCCGUGCAGAGGACGCCGAUUCCUCGGUAAAGGAAGAUUGGAAGUAUGUUGCCAUGGUGAUUGACAGGAUCUUCCUUUGGAUAUUUAUCAUCAUUUGUGUGCUGGGAAUACUGGGCCUCUUCCUGCCCCCCUGGAAGGCGGGAAUGCUGUGAGCUGAAUCGGGCUUUGGCCCCUGAGUAGCUCUGCUAGGAUUAGAGCUGCCGUUUGCCAUUGUCGUGGUGUUCCCAGUCAGCUGGGAGACCCCUCCACCUGUCCAGGGAAGAUAAGAUAAUAUCAGCUUUAUUUGUCACAUGUAUGUCGAAAGUUACGGUGAAAUGCAUCAUUUGUGUAAACAACCACACAGUCCAAGGCUGUGCUGGGGGCAGCAUUCAAGUGCGGCCAUGGCUUGCUAACCCUAACCUGUAUGCCUUUGGAAAGUGCAAGGAAACGAGCUCUCGGGGGUGGGGGUGGGGCUUCCACACGGUCACGGGGAGAAUGCACAAACUCCUUAUAGUUAGCGGCUGGACUUGAGGGCAGGGUCUGGCACUGUAAAGCAUCACACUUACCGCUAUGCCAGUGUGCUGUAUCAUGGAUCGGAGGUGUCAGAUGGAAAUUGGCAGCACACCUGCACCACCGGUGGGGACGAAGGCUGAGAAGGGACGGCAAAGUUAUUGCCACUGGCACAAAAUGAAACGGUUUCCCGUGCACACUGUUCACUGUGUACCUCCCCUCUCACCCCACCCUCCCUAUCCAAGAGUCCGUCCACCCAAAGGUUAGGGUUUAGGGACCACAAUGUGGAGAAGUUGGAGGUCAGGCCUCCAUUCUGUGGUCCAUGUUGAAAUCCAGCAACGUGACCAGUGAUGAAGGACAUCCGUUCAAAGUAAACUUACUAUCAAAGUACAUAUACAUCACCAUGUACUAUCUGACAGUCACCUUCCGGCCGGCAUUCGUAGGAAACACGAUAGAAUCAACGAAAUGCCACACUCAACAGAACAAACAACCAAAGUGUAAAAUAAGACAACAAACUGUGAAAACACAAAA